GCUGGUUUAGGAUUUUCUCUCCCCCACCCCCCUCUGUCUCUUCUUUGCAUGUCUGUGUGUCCGAGGGCAGGAAGAAAGAAAGAAAAGAGGGAGGGGAGGAAGGAGAGAGAGAGAGAGCUUGGUUCUCUGUGCUGAGAGCUGCCACCUCAACAUGGUGUAAAUCUCCUUCCUGCAGCCAGUCAACAAGACAGAGAGGUGGGGAGAGAUAUACAAGAAAGCAGGGGGUGAAGGGAGAGGUGGAUCACCAGCUGCACCCCCAGGCAGACUACUCCCUCCUGCACCCAAUGAGGAGUUGGAGCCGUGCAAGGAGAGAUUGAAGGAGGACAGGAGCAGCAGCCUGCCCUGCUGUGUCUGGAUCCAGGGCGGGGAGGGGGACUGGCCAGCGGGCUACUGACCAACACAGGGGGCAACCAUGGCCAACGAUUCGCCUGCUAAAAGUCUGGUGGAUAUAGAUCUGUCCUCUCUGAGGGAUCCAGCAGGGAUAUUUGAACUGGUUGAAGUGGUAGGAAAUGGGACCUAUGGACAAGUCUAUAAGGGUCGGCAUGUCAAAACAGGCCAGCUUGCAGCUAUUAAAGUCAUGGAUGUUACGGAGGAUGAAGAGGAGGAAAUAAAACUGGAAAUCAAUAUGCUAAAAAAAUAUUCUCAUCACCGAAACAUUGCUACAUAUUAUGGUGCUUUCAUAAAGAAGAGUCCUCCUGGCCAUGAUGACCAGCUCUGGCUUGUGAUGGAGUUCUGUGGGGCUGGCUCGAUCACUGACCUGGUGAAGAACACAAAGGGGAAUACUUUGAAAGAAGACUGGAUUGCUUAUAUUUCCCGUGAGAUUCUAAGGGGUUUGGCUCACCUUCACGCUCACCAUGUGAUACACAGGGAUAUCAAAGGACAGAAUGUGUUGCUAACAGAGAAUGCAGAGGUGAAACUUGUGGAUUUUGGGGUUAGUGCACAACUGGACAGGACUGUUGGCAGAAGGAAUACAUUUAUUGGUACACCUUAUUGGAUGGCACCAGAAGUUAUCGCAUGCGAUGAGAACCCGGAUGCUACGUACGAUUACAGAAGUGACCUUUGGUCUUGUGGCAUUACAGCUAUUGAGAUGGCAGAAGGUGCUCCACCUCUGUGCGAUAUGCAUCCGAUGAGAGCUCUGUUCCUUAUUCCAAGAAAUCCCCCUCCACGACUAAAAUCUAAGAAAUGGUCCAAAAAGUUCUUCAGUUUUAUAGAAGGCUGCCUUGUAAAAAAUUACAUGCAACGUCCUCCAACCGAACAGCUAUUAAAGCACCCUUUCAUUAGGGACCAGCCAAAUGAGCGGCAAGUCCGUAUCCAGCUCAAAGACCAUAUAGACCGAACCAGGAAGAAGAGAGGAGAGAAAGAUGACACGGAAUAUGAAUACAGUGGAAGUGAGGAGGAAGAAGAGGAAGUGCCCGAACAGGAAGGAGAGCCAAGCUCUAUUGUUAAUGUGCCUGGGGAAUCCACACUUAGACGUGAUUUCCUGAGACUCCAGCAGGAGAAUAAGGAGCGCUCUGAGGCCUUGCGGAGGCAACAGCUGCUGCAGGAGCAACAACUCAGAGAGCAGGAGGAAUAUAAGCGACAGCUCCUGGCAGAGAGACAGAAGCGUAUAGAGCAGCAGAAAGAGCAAAGGAGAAGGCUUGAAGAGCAACAACGAAGAGAGCGGGAGUCUCGGCGGCAGCAGGAACGGGAGCAAAGGAGGAGAGAGCAAGAAGAGAAAAAGAGAAUGGAGGAGAUGGAACGACGACGAAAAGAAGAGGAAGAAAGAAGGCGAGCUGAAGAGGAGAAGAGACGAGUAGAAAGAGAACAGGAGUACAUACGACGACAGCUGGAAGAGGAACAGAGGCACUUGGAAAUCCUUCAACAACAACUGCUUCAGGAGCAGGCUAUGUUACUGGAGUACAGGUGGCGAGAGAUGGAAGAGCACCGGCAAGCUGAAAGACUUCAGCGUCAGCUUCAGCAGGAGCAAGCCUAUCUCAUGUCUCUUCAGCAUGAUCACCGGCAACAGCCACCACAGCAGCCACAACCUCAGCAGCCUGCAUUGCCGCAGCAAGAAAGGACCAAACUAAACUACCAUAUCCCAGAGUCCAAGGCUCAUUAUGACCAGGCUGAACGAGUACGAGAAGCUGAAGAACGUCUUAGGAAAGCUACCCAAGGCUCUCCAGAAGCACAGUCUAAGCAAACAGGAAGAGCUUUAGAGACACCAGUGCCUUCAAGAUCGGAGUCAUUUUCCAAUGGAAAUGCUGAACCUGCUCAGCCUGCCUUGCAUAGGCCAGUGGAACCUCAGGUACAAUGGUCUCACCUGGCAUCCCUCAAGAACAAUGUUUCCCCUGUCGCGCGAUCCCAUUCCUUCAGUGACCCUUCUCCCAAAUUUGCACCUCACCAUCUUCGAUCUCAGGACCUACAUCCACCUUCACGCAGUGAAGUGCUAAAUCAGAGCUCUGACUCUAAGUCUGAGACACCUGAGCCAAAUCAAAGGGUUUGGGCUCGAUCAGACAGUGAAGAGGUGCCUCCAAGGGUGCCUGUAAGGACAACAUCACGAUCCCCUGUGUUGUCACGCAGAGACUCACCACUCCAGGGAAGUGUCCAGCAGAACAGCCAGACUGGACAGAGGAAUUCCACAAGCAAUAUUGAGCCUCGGUUGCUUUGGGAGAGAGUGGAGAAGCUUGUUCCAAGACCUGGUAGUGGAAGUUCUUCUGGAUCAAGUAACUCUGGGUCCCAGGCAGGAUCUCAUCCAGGUUCUCAGAGUGGAUCUGGGGAACGUUUCCGUGUGAGAUCGUCCUCAAAGUCAGAAGGGUCGCCAUCUCAGCGCAAUGAGAAUGUAGUCAAAAAGCCAGAGGAAAAGAAGGAAACUCUAAGACCAAGCAAGACUGUGGGAGAAGUGGACUUGACUGCAUUGGCAAAAGAGCUUCGUGCUGUGGAAGAUGUGCGACCGCUGCAUAAAGUAACAGACUACUCUUCAUCCAGUGAGGAGUCUGGUACUACAGAUGAAGAGGAUGAUGAAAUAGAACAGGAAGGAGCAGAUGAGUCCACAUCAGGACCAGAGGAUGCCCGUGCUAUGUCAUCUUUGAAUUUGAGCAAUGGAGAAACGGAGUCGGUGAAAACCAUGAUUGUCCAUGAUGAUGUAGAGAGUGAACCUGCCAUGACUCCUUCCAAAGAGGGCACUUUAAUUGUCAGACAGAGUACAGUUGACAAAAAGCGUGCCAAUCAACUUGAGAGCAAUGGCUUUGCCGGUCGCAUUCACCUCUUGCCAGAUCUCUUACAGCAAAGCCAUUCCUCCUCCACCACUUCUUCCCCAUCCUCAAGUCAACCGACACCUACCAUGUCCCCACAGACACCCCAGGACAAGUUAACUGCUAAUGAGACGCAAUCAGCCAGCAACACACUCCAGAAACAUAAAUCUUCCUCCUCAUUCACGCCUUUUAUAGAUCCUCGAUUAUUGCAGAUCUCUCCAUCUAGUGGUUCAACUGUAACAUCAGUGGUGGGAUUUUCCAGUGAAGCGCUGAGGCCAGAUGCUAUGAGGCAAGAUCCUACCAGGAAAGGAUCUGUUGUUAAUGUUAAUCCCACAAACACAAGGCCACAGAGUGACACACCGGAAAUACGCAAAUACAAGAAGAGAUUUAAUUCUGAGAUUUUAUGUGCUGCAUUGUGGGGUGUAAAUUUGUUAGUCGGAACGGAAAGUGGAUUAAUGUUGCUGGAUCGAAGUGGACAGGGAAAAGUGUAUCCCCUCAUCAACCGAAGACGAUUUCAACAAAUGGAUGUGCUUGAAGGCCUUAAUGUGUUGGUUACAAUAUCAGGAAAAAAGAACAAACUGCGAGUUUAUUAUUUAUCCUGGUUAAGAAAUAAAAUCCUUCGCAAUGACCCUGAAGUUGAGAAGAAGCAAGGGUGGACCACUGUGGGUGAUCUGGAAGGCUGUGUGCACUAUAAAGUUGUCAAAUAUGAGCGCAUCAAGUUUUUGGUAAUUGCUUUAAAGAGUUCAGUGGAAGUUUAUGCCUGGGCACCAAAACCUUAUCACAAAUUUAUGGCUUUUAAGUCUUUUGGAGACUUGAUACAUAGGCCUCUGCUGGUAGACCUGACUGUAGAAGAAGGACAGAGGCUGAAAGUUAUCUAUGGAUCAUGUGCAGGAUUUCACGCAGUUGAUGUUGACUCGGGAGCGGUCUACGAUAUUUAUCUGCCAACACAUAUUCAGAGCAGCAUUCAGCCACAUGCGAUCAUUAUCCUCCCAAACACUGACGGCAUGGAGCUGCUGGUCUGUUAUGAAGAUGAAGGAGUGUAUGUUAAUACCUAUGGCAGGAUCACAAAAGAUGUGGUACUACAAUGGGGAGAAAUGCCUACAUCAGUUGCAUAUAUUCGAUCUAACCAGAUAAUGGGAUGGGGUGAAAAAGCAAUAGAGAUACGAUCUGUAGAAACUGGCCAUCUGGAUGGAGUAUUUAUGCACAAACGAGCACAGAGGCUUAAAUUCUUAUGUGAACGUAAUGAUAAGGUUUUCUUUGCUUCUGUACGAUCUGGUGGAAGCAGUCAAGUGUAUUUUAUGACAUUAGGCAGGAGUUCUCUGCUGAGCUGGUAAAGAACGGAAUGGGAACUGCUGAUAACCUCCCCUACAGGCUUCAACAUCUCUGCAAGAUCACUUACAACUGGAGUACAGGCUGCAUAAUGUCGUUCUGUUUGCAAGAUAUGUCAAGAUGGAGUCUGAAUAAUUUAGCAUAUUUUGUUUCUAAUUUAGGGGAGCAGAUUGUAGUGUCUUUACACAGCUUUCAAGGCAGCUGGUGCUUUACUAUAUAAUGCCUUUGUCAGGUGCUGAAACAUCUGAGGUUUGGGAUUAAAAAGAAAAAAAAAAAGCAGGGUUUACUAA